CUCCUCUGGUCUUCAAUUUGGUUGUCAUCGAUUUUUCCAUCUCUCAAAAUGGAGGAUAGCCAUUUCCGCCACAGUCCCUCGCACCAUCCCUUCCAAUCCGCUCAUCUCCACGCCCGAGACCACUCCGUCUCCGAGGGCACUACUACCGCUCUUGAGCCCCAGACGACGCAGCACCGGUCCAGCAGCCAUGAUUCAGAAGGCCAACCUCCACCCCGCUAUACUCAAGACAACGAUCCGUACCAGCUAGCAUCAAAGCUCAAGACGGAUGAAGAGAUUCGGGAGAUUCACCCGCAGGCCAACACGUCACGGAAACGCAAUGGACAUCCAUCGGCAGCGAUCUCACGGACGGCGAGCGCGUCUUCUUCUAAUUCAGGGGGCUCCAACAUUCGCCGGUUUCUGAACUCGUCUGCGAGGAAAGAGCUGCAGGGAUUCUAUAAGACGCAGAAUGAAAACAUCGAACGCAUGCUGAAGCCUGUCGAGGAGCACGUUCGCGACGCGCGCGAGCUCAACACCAACAACCAGCUAAAGUACAAGAUCGCCAUUUACGGCAGUUUCGCUGCCAACAUUUGUCUUUCUGUUCUACAGCUCUAUGGUGCUAUUUCGUCUGGCUCGCUCUCGCUGAUAACGACUAUGGCUGACUCGGUCUUCGACCCCAUGUCCAACUUGACUCUUCUCCUCUGCAACAAGGCCGUCCAACGUGUGGACCCUCGCAAAUUCCCCGCUGGGAAAGCUCGCAUUGAAACUGCCGGAAAUAUCUGCUUCUGUUUCCUCAUGACGGGUGUCUCUAUCCUCCUGAUCGCCUUCUCCAUCCGUGACCUCGUGAGCGGCUCCGAAUCCGCAACCGGGGAUUUCCAUCUGCCAUCCGUUAUUGCUGUUGUUGUUGCAUUUUGCACCAAGUUUGCGCUGUUCCUGUACUGCUUUGCCCUUCGCCACCAGGUCUCGCAGAUCCGUAUUCUCUGGGAAGACCACCGAAACGAUCUUUUCAUCAAUGGCUUCGGUAUUCUUACCUCCGUGGGCGGUAGUAAGCUCCGCUGGUGGAUUGAUCCCAUGGGUGCCAUCCUGCUAUCCACUCUCAUCAGUGUUCUUUGGCUUUAUACUGCGUACCAUGAGUUCCAGCUUUUGAUUGGGAUCACAGCCGAUACUAAAAUGCAGCAACUCAUUACCUAUAUCGCAAUGACCCACUCUCCCUUGAUUACAGCUAUUGACACUGUUCGCGCCUAUACCUCUGGUCCUCGUCUCGUCGUUGAAGUCGACAUCGUCAUGGACCCCUCUGAUUCCCUUCGUGCCACCCACGACAUCGCUGAGGAGCUGCAGAUGAAACUCGAGUCGCUACCUGAUGUCGAGCGUGCCUAUGUCCAUGUCGAUUACGAAACCACCCAUAAACCCGAGCAUUUCCUCAAGAAGGAACUUUGAAAAAGUAACCCCAGAACUUACCCUUGCGAUCGGUUAUCGCUCAUGAUCUUCUUCGUAUCACCUUUUUUUCAUAUAUAUAUAAUAUAUUUCAUUCUGCUUUAACCCGAAACCUAAAUUCCAAUCAGGAUGCGUCUUAUGUUUAUAGGAAAGUGUAUAAAUCGACUGGAAUGGCUUUCUUAAGGAACACGCAAUCGACUCAUCUUGAUUACCUAUGCAUGGAAAACCGGUUUCGCCAGCUUCAAUAGCAAUUCCAUCAUAGUUACUUUGCCUUAGCUUAGCAGGAACGUGCCCUAUAUACUUUGCCUGACUUAAUUGGGUAGUAAAACCAUGGGGCCGAAUGUG